CAGCAGCAGCAGCAGGGCGGGGAAGGACGGUGACCUUAUAGCCUCCAGCCUGGCACCACUGCGAGCUUUAACCAGCCAAACCUGCUGGGACAAACUCUAACAUAGUAGCUAAAGUCUGCCCGCUGUCGUCUACCAGUUAGUGCACCGGGUCUUGUUGCUGCUGUUUUAUUUCCAGCAGCCAUGAGCAAGGACAAGCAGAGCAAGCAGGUACCGGAGUCCACCGGACCUCUGUCCCCGUCCAAAGGCCAGAAACCCCCCAGGAUGCCCAAGUGCUCCCGCUGUAGGAACCACGGCUAUGUGUCUCCUCUGAAGGGACACAAGCGCUUCUGCAACUGGAGGGACUGCCAGUGUCCCAAAUGUAAACUGAUAGCUGAGAGGCAGAGAGUCAUGGCGGCCCAGGUCGCCCUGAGACGGCAGCAGGCUCAGGAGGAGGAGCUUGGGAUUUGUAGUCCGGUGGCUUUGUCCGGCCCUGAGGUGAUGGUGAAGAAUGAAGCCGGAGCAGACUGCUUGUUCUCUGUGGAGGGUCAAUCCCCAACUCCUACCAGUACCUCCACUUCUUCUCUUCCUGUCACAGGGAGUCGCUCGACGCCAUCCUCCAGCCCGUCGGCCGGUGCCCGGGCUCAUGCUGAGGGACCGUCUGACCUGCUGCUGGAAACCUCCUAUUACAACUUCUACCAGCCUUCACGCUACUCCACCUACUACGGCAACCUAUACAACUACCAGCAAUACCAGCAGAUGCCCCAUGCUGAUGGACGACUGUCAAGCCAUAACAUGUCCUCUCAGUACCGCAUGCAUUCCUAUUACCCAGCAGCCACUUACCUGACUCAGGGCCUGGGCUCCACCACCUGUGUGCCACCCCUCUUCAGCUUGGAGGACAACAACAACAACAAAGAGGAAAUGUCCUCCUCUGAUCAGGACUGUGUCUGUCUCGUUUCUGCAGCCUUCUCUCCCGGCAGCAUCCCCACUGGUCACGACUCCACCAUGACCUGCAGGUCCAUCAGCUCCCUGGUUAACUCUGAUGUCCACGUGGAAUGUGAGGCCAGCAGCGAGACGCCAAACUUCACCGUCAACUCCAUCAUGGAUGGCGAUGUCACCAAAUAAAAAAAGCUAAGGAUACACGACAAACGACAAAGGCAUUAUGAGAUGAGUUGAGCAAAAAACUUGAUGUUCUUGCAAAACACUUUCACCGUUCACUGUUGCUGUAAGUUUCUCUGUUUCUGUCCAGGUGACACAAUAACGUAUAGUCCAUACUGUAGUUGAGAAUACAGGUUGUUUUUGUAUUUGUAGUUCAUUUCUGGCCUCAAAGGUGUUGAAUCUUCUGUUGAAGGCAGUUCACCAGCAUAGAAAGUGCUUGGAAAGUUACAAAAAAAUUCACAAAUACCAACAGAUAUUUGAGUAGCACUCCUCAGAAUUAGGCCAUUUGGAUAGAUUCUUUGUAAAGACAAUGUUACAGAUGACUAAACAUACAACAAUUACGUCUCUCGAUUAUCAGGAAUCUACUCAAACUAGACUAUGACUUGUACACUUGUUUUUCCUCCCCGGAGUGCAACCGUUAAAGUAAAUUGUUUUUAUUAUCCAAAAGAUAAAGUGACGCAACAUACAGAAUAAUGAUACCGAAAUCCUUUCCAGCUUACAGUAAGUUUGACUAGUGCAGUUUUCGCACAGUAUCAGUCAUGAAGUGUUUCUGUUAAAAGUGAAUGAGCGGCAAUUAUUUGGAUAUUAGUGCACCAUCUUUUGACAAUCACAAUACAGUCUUAUAUAUUAGAUAUAAGAUAUAUUGAACGAAGAAAUUGGAAUCACUGUCACUGUGCAUCACAAGCACUUAUUUAGAAAAUGUUUUUAGAAAAGCUAUUCUCAAAUACACUCAUGUACAUGCACUGGUUUCUCGUGUUUUCUCCCUAAUCAGUAAAUUGACAUGCAAUACUUGUGUAGUAUUUGUAUUAGUUUGUAUUAUUAGUUUGUCAACUUGUAAAAUAUGUUUUUGGACCAGUGAAUUAAUAGACAACCCAACCCUAGAGGAGUCCAACCUAACCUAGCAAACACUGGUUUAGGGAUUUGCAAGUCAAAAGAUGUCUAGAUAAAAAGGUUGAAUUGGACACAUUUAGUUCAAAGGUAUGUUUUAUUUUUUGUCUUUUCUUUUGAUGUUAGAGUAUCUUAACACAGGCUGAAAAUCAGUAUUUUAUUAACCUCUACCAUACUUCAGCAACGUGAGAAGUUAGCAAGUUAGUCAUUUAUCUUCAGCAGGGUCGUUAAGUUACAUAUAAUUUCAAUACAGUGUGUGUAGUUAGGACGUGCUUCUCUUUGAAAGAUUGUUAUUAAGAUGCUGUUUAAACAACGGUUAGGAGUAACCUAGAUUUUAUAAAACUGACGCCCAACCAAUACCAGAUAUAUCAGUAUUUCAGAGUGUAAAACUCUGAUACAUAAUGAUACAUUGGACAUUAUUAUUUUCAUUAAGAUUACUUAAAGUCGUUUUUAAAGAACUGUGACCAAGAUAUUUACUGAGUCUGAUAUUUUAUUUUAUUUCUAUUUUAUUAGACAUUACAUAAAUCUCAUGGUGGCCCUUUUUCUAAAUGACCUCAAACAUCUCUUUGGCAUUCCUGUACAGCAGUUUCUUGUUAGUCAUCGGCUGACAUAUACACCAAUAUGAAAUUUUAAACCAAAUUUUACCCAGAUUUAUGCCUAGACGUCUUUUGACCUGCAGCACUGGAAUACAGUAUUUACCCCAAAGUAAAAUCUGAUAAUUUUGGAAAAGUCAAAUGAUUUUAAAGAUGGUAAAAAAAAGUGUAUGCAUUUCUUUAUUCCUGGUAUAAAUGAAUGAGUCACUGAAUUAAAGUUGAGAGUAGAGAACAACGUCAAGACUGGAGGGUUAGCAGGGAGAAAAAGGCAAACAGGCAGGUUAGACAUGAAUCAUGUUUCCCUCCAUGUUGGCGUGUGAUGAGCACCAACUGCUUAUUUAUGGCACCGAUCCAGCUGCAUCGUUUAUACCAGAGAAUUUGCAUGUCUAUUGUAUAUUUAACCCCUUCAGGCCAGGCGGUUUGCUGUGCACACAGGUUACUGUUUGGAACUGUUUACACCCUUUGGUACAGCCUUGUAGAUACAGCAGAGGCAGGGGUUCUGAAAUUGUUGCAGUAAUGUGUAGAAACAAUGAGAUGAGAUGAGAUUACUUGAUCAGCAGCUAUUUGGAUUAUUAGUUAAUAAGUUUAGGCAUUUUUUCAAGCAAAAAUGCUAAACAUGUUCAGUUUUCAGCUUCUCAAAUGUUAGGCAUUGUUGCUUUUUUUGAAUAUCUUUGGGUUUUGGACUGUUGGGAUCUUGCCAUUUUUAUUGUUUUCUGAUGUUUUUUGUAGACCCAAUAACUAAUCCAUUAAUCAUCAGAUUAAUCGAUAAUAAAAAUAAUUGUUAGCUGCAGCCCAGUUGUAUUUUUUAACAGAUAAAAUUCGUUCAUUGUUUUUGUUGUGCAAGUGCCCCAAACAAACUCUUUUUCUAUUUCAUGAACUAAUGAAAGUAAUCCUGUGUUACCCACUUUUGAGUUGUGUUGUUGUUGUGUUAAUUAAAAAAAAACAACUCAGAUGAGAUUUUGCCAACUUUUCUACCUUUGUGAAGCUGACUCAUACACUACUGUACUGUAUAUUGUUUAUGUGUUUUGUGUUUUAUGGGGAUUCAUUUCCAACUGCAUGCUUUGAAAGUGUUUAUUUGUGUUUGUGUUUGAAUAAGACAGCAACAAAAGUAAUUUGGAGUCUUGGAGUUUAUGUCGCUACAAGUUUUAGGGAAAUAAAAACGCUCUAAGUGAUGGAGUGUAAAUGUGAUGGUGUCCUGGAAACAACAAUAUAAAACAGACAAAGAAAAUUACUUGUAUUUUCUUUCUGCUGCGCUGUGGGAACAUUCAUUGGAUUCUGCCCCAUCUGUUGUAAUCAAUAACGUGACCAUCUUGUUUUUUUAUGAAACGCACUUACUCUUAAUUUCAUCCACCAGUGGUUUUAGAGAGAAGAAUGUGGAGUUACCUAUAAGACUUUGACAUUAUAAAUCACCUCUUGAGACCAGAUUGUACAGCAGUAUCGAUUGAUCCUGAUAUAUCACAGAAAUUUACUGUCACUUCUGUUUUCAAUUAAAGAUACAAUCAGUCAGAUAAUGACUUAAUUGGAUU